AUGGGAUUAUUCAAUCUUUCAAGAUCAAAGUCAAUUAGAUUCCUAAGAAACUUUCAAAAGUUCAACUAUGUAAUCUAUGGAGUUUCAAUGACUGCUACUUGUGUACUACUUUACAAAGAGACACGAGAACACAAAGAGAACUUUAUCAAUCAAUAUGCAGAUGCUGCUGAAGAAGAUACCACAACAAAGUCACAACCUGCAACUACUGCUCAAUAA